AUAAAAAAGGUGCUAAUCAUGCCGAGGAAAUUGAAAUUAAUUCUCACAAUAAAAGAUACGGCAACGAGUUCCUGGAACCCUUGAAUAUGAAAGGGGAAGAAUUAGCCAAAAAUAUUCAAGUAAAAAAGUCAGUUAUUAGGGAAUUAUUGGCCGAAAAAAGGAGAAUGACCGUAGAUUUAGCCUACCGCCUUUAUUUUUACUUUGGAGUAAGUGCGGAAUAUUGGUUAAACUUCCAAAAAAAUUAUGACUUGGCAACUUAUCAAGAAUUAGCUGAAAAGGAGAUUAAAAAACAAAUCCAACCUUAUCCAAGGGAAGAAAAGCCUAAUUCUAAAAUAAUUUUCAACGCAGAUAAAAACCCAGAACAAAAGAUUAAUUAUUUAUCAGAAAAACUAAUAAAAGUUGAAUCAAUAUUGAAACAUCCUCACUCGCUAUUAAAAAGAAUAAGCGAAGCAGGAAUAGAGGAAAAUAGUUUAAAAAAGCACAAACGCAGAUGUGCUAUAAAAAGGAAAAGAGGAGGGAUUAACCCUCCCCUUCCGGGCACUCCAAAUGCUCCACGGCUUUUAAUCAGAAGUUUAAGCC